ACUUUGCUUCUUCGCCAAUUGCAUGCGUUUUUUCACAAGAUGCAUUUAAAAUGUUUAGCAAAGCCCUGGAUUUGGCUGUACUCUUUAUAAAACUACCACACGUCUCUUAACCAUCUGCACGUGAACAUUGCGUCUUACUUAAAAAUAUAAUAGUCAGUCUUGGAAGAGCAAGGGUCGAUUUCCAAAGAAAGGUGAACGCGCGACAGGCUACGCGAAGUUGUGUUGUGGAUAAUAAGCAUGGAUCCGGAAUGUAAUUCGCCGGGCUUCAAAUCAAUAUUACAGGCGAAUGUAGUCCAUUUGCAGCGGUUACUGGAGUAUGAAGAACAAGUGUGUAAAUGCCAGACUCUGAGACUAGUUUUAGAAGAUCUACAGAAAAGACUUGAGGAGAAGGACGACAAACUCACUGAGGCAAACAAGGUGAUCAGAGCACUGAGGGAUGAGGUGCAGACACUGCAGCAACAGCUGGAGCAGCACAGACGCCACAGCAAGUACCGUGAUGACGACACAAUUGGACAGAGACAUCAGCAAGAUCGGCGUGCAAGAGAAAAUGACAUCACUGCAUUGGGUUGUGAGAUCCCACCAAACGUCUUUCUGUCCUGCACUUCUGGAGACGACCCAGCAGACACGCCGACAUCACCACAGGAACUGACAUUGCCACAGGAACUGGAGGACGACUGGGCAGAUUUUCCAGCGUCUCCUGCUGCUGAGGAUGAUGAUGAUGACGAUGAUGAUGAUGCACUGACCUCAUCACAGCAACUGAAACUGCCUGUGAUGUUAGUGAAGCUACAAGACUGCCGUGAACUGCUGGGGCCUGACAGAGUUUUUAAGAUUAAACCGAUGGAGGACAUCAGCUAUGAGGGUGAAGACGAUGACUACGGUGAUGACCUGUGUCAUCAGGAUGAUGAGUGCGACGACAGGGAUUACGACCCAAGAAAUGACGGAUUUGACUUCUGCUGCAUCAAUAAAGAACCUCAUUCCUCACCUGAAGAGAGCACUGCUGAGCCUGAGUUACCCACUGCGUCACCCAAUCAGGAGGUGGAUGAGCCCUGCAAUGACAACCACACUGCCCACACAAGAGAAGGAUCACAAGUGAACUCAAUGAAUGCUGUGAAGUCUAAAUCAAAAUACAAUGAUCCCCAUGAAUGUGAUGUAUGUGGGAAAAUACUUUCAUGCAAGAAAAGUCUACGCAGACACCAAAAAGUGCAUUCACAGCAAAGGCAAUGCACUGCUUACGCAGGAGAAGGGUCUAAAUCAAAAUACAAUGGUCCCUAUGAAUGUGAUGUAUGUGGGAAAAUACUUUCAGCCAAGAGAGGUCUACGCAUUCACAAAAGAAUACACACAGGAGAGAGACCCCAUCCUUGCGCACUGUGUGAAAGAACAUUCAGGACUUUUAGUCAUUUAUAUAGACACCAAAAAGUGCAUUCACAGCAAAGGCAAUCCACUGCUUAUGCAGGAGAAGGGUCUAAAUUAAAAUACAGAGGUCCCCAUGAAUGUGAUGUAUGUGGGAAAAUACUUUCCGGCAAGACAAGUUUAAUCCAUCACAAAAGAACACACACAGGAGAGAGACCCCAUCCUUGCGCUCUGUGUGAAAGAGCAUUCAGGACUUCAAGUCAUUUACGUAGACACCAAAAAGUUGUUCAUUCACAGCAAAGGCACUCCACUGCUCACGCAGGAGAAGGGUCAAAAUUAAAACACAAUGGUCCCCAUGAAUGUGAUUUAUGUGGGAAAAUACUUUCAAGCGGGGACGGUCUACGCAUUCACAAAAGAACACACACAGGAGAGAGACCACAUCCUUGCGCUCAGUGUGGAAGAGCAUUCACUACUUUUGGUAAUUUACGUAGACACCAAAACAUUGCUCAUUCACAGCAAAGCCAAACCACUGCCCUCACAAGAGAAGGGUCACAAGUGAACUCAAGGAAUCCUGUAAGGUCGACAUCAAAUUACAAUAGUCCCCAUGAAUGUGAUGUAUGUGGGCAAAUACUUUUAGGCAAGAGAAGUCUAAUGCUUCACAAAAGAACACACACAGGAGAGAAGCCCUAUCUCUGUGCUGAUUGUGGCAAAACAUUUAGGACUUCAAGUCAUUUAUGGAGGCACAAACGAGCUGCUCAUUCACACCAAAUGCCUGAAGGGUCACGCAUGAACUCAAGGAAUCCUGUUAAGUCUAAAUCAAAAUAUCAUGGUCCCCAUGAAUGUGAUGUAUGUGGGAAAAUACUUUCAGGCAAGAAAAGUCUAAUCCUUCACAAAAGAACGCACACAGGAGAAAAACCCCACCCAUGCUCUCUGUGUGGAAGAGCAUUCAGGACUUUAGGUAAUUUAUGUAGCCACAAAAAAGUUGUUCAUUCACAGCAAAGGCAAUUCGCUGCCCACACAGGAGAAGGGUCACAGGUGAACUCAGGGAAUCCUGUAAGGUCGACAUCAAAAUACUAUGAUCCUUCUGAAUGUGAUGUAUGUGGGAAAAUUCUUGCAAGCAAAAAAGGUCUGCUCCUUCACAAAAGAACUCACACAGGAGAAAAGCCCCAUCCCUGCUCUCUGUGUGGAAGAGCAUUUAGGACUUUAGGUAAUUUAUGGUGCCACAAAAAAAUUGUUCAUUCGCAGCAAAGGCAAUCCACUGAUUCACCCAACAUUGGAAGCUGUCAGGGGGUGACCUUGACUUUACAAAGUAUUCUCACCCAGCAUUCCACUGAAAUUCCACUGGAAAAUGCACCCACUGACUCAGCCAAAGCUACAGGUCAUCAGGAGUGAGACAAAACCUCAUAUCCAACUUAAUUCCACAUCUUAAAAUUAAAACUAUGGUAAGGAUAUCCAGCUUUAAUCACAUGAAUUUCAAGUUAAUCUGUUGUACUACGGCGCUGCUACACACACAAAGUUGCCUUUGCCGUCAUUUGAACACAAGUAGUACAUAACAAGCAGAUGUGUCAAAAGUAAAAAUAAGAAACUUCCAACACGUGUAACUUAUGUCAGUAAUCUGACCUGUGUACUUGUCUUGCUAUCAGCUGACUCCAUGCUGGUGGGAUCAAGUUUGUGGUGGUUUCCAGUCAGGUUUUUAGUGUUUUUCAUUAACAACACGAGCUACCUCAUUAGGUUUACCUCAUUAGGUAAAACCCUACCAAUCAGGCGCCAAGCGUGCGACUAAGUUAGACAGGCAUAGAAUCUUAAUUUUGGAAUGCAGACGGUAUCUCUAAGGGAACAUGCUGUAGAAACCAUGCACAUCAUCUAUGGAAAACUAAAGAAUCACUACGUACUACGUCAGCAUUCCGAACGAAGAUUCUAGAAGCAUUAAGUUAGACGCCCGUGUGGCGAUGCAUCUAUCUUGAUCACAAGAUUUUGGUGCAGUUGGCAUGGUUCCUACAACUUUACAGACAAUAAGAUAUUUUAAAAAGUACCCUACCCUAAUGGAAGAUAAGACGGAUAACGGCCUUCGAGGUUGACUGGUUCGACAAAGUUAAUGGCUUGGCGGAGGCAACUGUGCACGUCACCAGAGUUCAGAGCCGCCGCCGAGCCAUUAACUUUUUGGGACCAGUCACCUCAUUGGCCGUUAUCCCUUUCUUAUUCAACUGACUCAGGGUCCAAGUUAUCCAUACAAGACAUGAAUGCAAUUACAUUAUAAAACCUUUAAAUCAUCCACCCUCAUAACCCCGCACAGCCGUCCACACCCACAUGCACUUUAUCUUAACAUUUGUAUCUCCAAUGUGAUUUUUUAAAUGUAAAGAUAUUGUGUGUGUGUGUGGACUACUGUGCCGCCUUACCAUUGACUUUGUGGAACCGUUCACCUUCCUUGUCGGCCGUUAUCCCUUACGUACGUGUACAGUAUAUACUGCAUAUUCUGUAGCAUUUUUGUAGAGUAUAAUUUGUUUGGUUGUUUGUUUUUUUCAGGGUUUUUUCCUACAUUUUUCUGGGGGGAUUUUCCAGUGUUUUUCUUCCACUAUUGCUGUUGUUAAUAAAUCGCAGUGAGUCAGCACA